AUGGGCUCGCAUGGGUUUGAACCAUGGAUGAAUGGGUGGCAGAUGGGAGAUGGCAGAGACUGGAAUGUCCCCGCACAUUUGCUUUGCAGGGUAAUUGAUAAACAGGCGGCCCGGGUGACACAUCCCGGUCGUGGGGAAGACCCACCGCUGAUAAGACUCCUCUUUGACUUUCUUCUCCUUCUCCAACCCAAGUUCAUCUCUUCAGCUCUGCAUUCUUCUAUGGUGUUGUGUUACCUUGAGCAGCAGAUACUCAUCUUUGGAACGGAAACUCCGUUCGAAGAUGUGGUUGGUUAUAUCCGCCUCUUCGAUUUUGCUCCCCAUGAGAACCGAGAGGCCCACGUGGAAGCCAUCAACCGGGCCGCUCCGAUCGAUGUGCCUUCCCUGAAACCCCAAGACAUUCCCCUCAACGACGGCAGAGUUCAUCUGAUCUACACGUGCCCUCGACCGUCCAUCCUGCAGCUGUCGCUCAAUGGAUCCUACUUAAUCACGAAUAGUCUACCUACCAUCGAGCUGUCAAAUAUUUGCUACCACCAUCCCGUUGGCCCCUCGCGUCUGGCAGAUGCGGCCCUCCGGCAGACGGAGGCUACGCCAGGGGGCGCCCCACCAUCUCAGGGUAGACGCACGGCGGAGGCGGGCACCCCGCAGUCCCGAGAUCGGCGCCCCUCCAAAAGUUUGAACUCUGCCCAAGCAAAUCACGAAAUUAUGACUCCUGACCCAAUUUCCCCUCCACGAUCAAUCUUCCAUUGA